CAUGAAUGAGAAAAGCACACCUUCAGACCUGCCCCCCGCCCCCUCCGAGCCGGUCCCAGAGAACUUCGGGGGGAUUUCGCCUCCAGCGAGCGGCCUUGAUCUACGCGCCGGGACUCUGAAGGCUGGACUCGUGUUUUCGUUUGAGUCUGAAGACGACAGCGGCGCUCGGAUCGGUCCGCCUCGGCCCGUUCAUGCUCACCAUGAGCGUGCCGGCCCAGCAGAAACCCAACGGUAAAAGAACGGGCAAGCGCAUCACGUUUUUCACCGAUCAGACGAUGAAGGAGGCACCGCAGCAUCCCGACGGAGUCUUCUACGUCCCGAGCGGCGCGCCCUCGGAUCAAAGCGAGACGGCGAGUGCCGUGACCUCCAACCCAGAGGGACCUCACGUGUUCCUCAACUCCGUCAUCUUCAGCCCCGAUAAGGGCGACCAGAACAGGGGACACUAUCAGCAGACUGUACCCAUGAAAUGGGCCCACCAGGAGCCCAGUCAGCAGCAGCCGUCCCUGUCCCAGCAGCAGCGGGCCACCACAUGGGCCACCAUGCCCAACUGGGGGCAAAGCUUUGCAAACUAUCUGGGAGGACUCAACGUGACGGACGCAAGAACUCAAAACGCGUUUGUCAAAUCAAUGCACGAGUCUUCCGGCUUACAGGCGUCAAACAGAGCGGCGGAGAAACCCGCCGCAGAUGCGUACAGAGACGCAGCCAAGCCCCGGGGCUUGGAGUGGGAGCAGCCGUCUUUUCAGGAGACGCUGAAACCCGGCGCGCUCAACACCCAGCAGCAGCAGGGCGGGCCGCACCCCGGAGGGAGCUCGGUUCUGCAGCCCUUCCAGCUGGCCUUCGGUCAGCCCAAGCAGCACCUGCCGUCGUACUAUCAGACCUUUCAGGGCACCCGGGCCGCCCUCCCCAACCCGCCCAACUACCCUGCCCAGAACGCCGUGCCCUCGCAUCGCUUGGAGCAGCUGCAGAAGCAAAAGCAGAUGCAGCGGCAGCAGCAGCACGUGAUCCAGCAGCAACUUCAGCACCACCAACAGAUGCAACAACAACAAAUCAUGCAGCAGCAGCAGCUGCAGCAGCAGCAGCAGCAACAAUUACAGCACGAGCAGCAGCAACAAAAGAUCCAGCAGCGGCAACAGCUCCAGAUUCAGCAGCAAAUGCAGCAUCAGCAGUUGCAACAACAAAACCCCCAUGUGCUUGACUUUUACUCUGGUGCACAAAAUGCGCACCCUGAACUGCAGCCCGUCGUGGUUCACUCCCAAGAGUCCUCCGCUCCGGCGGCACCCAAGCCACAGGAGCCCAUCAUCCAGGACAUCACGCCGGAGCCCCAGCAGCCCUCCCACCCGCCGCAGCACCCCCUGCAGCCCGACCUGCCCUCCCUCCAGUCCCAGUCGCAGCCCCGCAGGUCCCGACGGCUGUCCAAGGAGGGGGGGGCGCCAUCAGACAACCCUUUCCUGCCGGCCGUCUCCGAACAGAGCAAACCCGAAAACGGCGCCCUGCAGGCGGCGCCAACGGGAGUCAUCCAGAGCACGCACCGGAAGCGCCGCAUGUCUCAGGAGGUCAACCUGGAGAUGCUGGCUCAGGAGGCGUCGGACAGGAAGCCCCCGUUGCUGGAAAAGGAAUCCCACCGACCGUGGAGUCCCGCCAACACAGAGGGCAUGAACACAAAGUGCCCCAGAGACGACAACCUUUUACCCCUCGUCAUCCCUGUAUCCGUUCCGGUCCUGAAGCAGGAACCGUCAUCUCCCGGACAGAACGAGGCAGCUCUGGCCCCCAACUGGACUCUCGGGCCCGCCAAUCCCCAGGACCUGGGCCGGCGGGACCACAAGCCGUCUGUGAUCGUCACUCGGAGACGUUCCCUCAGGAAUUCCUUAUCGGAAGGCUCAGAGCCGAAUGACGGUUUGGAGGGAGAAAAGGACGACGACGGCAAAAAGUCAAAGCGGCGACCCCGGCCCGACCCGCUCUUCAUCCCUCCGCCGAAACUCAUCGCUCCGCCCGUCUAUUCCAGCAUCACCUCAUACCAAAGUCACCUGCGCUCCCCGGUCCGCCUCACUGACAACCCCGUCACAAUGCCCCCCUACACGCCGCCGCCGAUCCUCAGCCCUGUCCGCGAAGGCUCAGGCCUCUACUUCUCCACGUUCCUGUCGUCCGUGGCAGCGAGCGGUGCCGGCCUGCCGCCGCCUGCAACCCCAAAGUCGGCCACGCGCAGCCUGCUGCGUUCCAACAGCUGUGACAUCACACCGCCAGUCCUGUCUGCCAUGAGCGAGGCCACGCCUGUCAGCAUCGAGCCACGGAUAAAUAUCGGAUCCCGGUACCAGGCGGAGAUUCCCGAGCUGAGAACGAGGUCCGAUGCCGAGCUGGAUCAGCAUCGAGCCGAGCUGGUUUGGACUCCACUGAGUGCGCUGGAGGACAAACCCGACUUAAAGCAGAAAGUGGAAGACCUCAUGCACCUGGCCUGCUCCAGCGUUGUGUUCGGAGGAGGCACCAACCAGGAGUUAGCUCACCAUUGUCUGCACCAGUGUGAAGGGGACAUAAUGGCGGCUCUGUCCAUGCUCCUGCUGAAGAAUCCAAUCUUCCCCCGGUCGCAUCACCUGUCCAGGUAUCAUUACUCUGGAUCAGACAGCUGGACGGCAGCUGAGAGACGCCAGUUCAACAAAGGCAUCGGCACGUACAAGAAGGACUUCUUCAUGGUGCAGAAACAGGUAACCACCAAGACCGUCGCACAGUGCGUGGAGUUCUACUACACAUACAAGAAACAGGUGAAGAUCGGUCGCAGCGGGACGCUUGUUUACGGCGUGGCCGAGCCCCCAGAGAGCCGGACCGCCGCGGAGGAUCUGGACCUCAAGGGCUCUCACACACUGGAGCUGCAGCCGGAGGAGGACAGCAGGAAGUGGGAAGGUUCGCCUGACAGGAAACCGGAUGUCUGUCCCACCGGGGCGACGCACACGCUGCAGUCCACCGAGAACGCUGGGCCGGUCUUCAUCGUGAAGAACCAGGAACACGUGGUCAGAGACCCGCCGCUGUCCAGGGUCAUCCAUCCGCCUGCCGCCAACCCCAAACCCCGUUACGACGCCACGGCGCGGCGCUCCAGCCCCUCCGCAGGCAACCAAGGGCUCGCCGGUCAGGAGGGGGAAUUCCCCUGCAAGAAGUGCGGCAGGGUUUUCUACAAAGUAAAGAGCCGUAGCGCCCACAUGAAGAGCCACGCCGAGCAGGAGAAGAAGGCGGCGGCCCUGCGGCAGAAAGAAGCCGAGGAGCGGGCGGCGGCUAAGGCGGCGGCCUUCCUGGCUGCGGGGCAUCAGAACGGGAAGCUUUUGGGCAGCAACAGCACCAACGAGGACUUCUCGGGCGGAGAGGACGAGGAGGACUGGCAGCUGGAGGAAGGUCGCAGACACUGACGGGGCGGGACGUCCUGGCAACAUAAAAACUCUUUUGACCCUGAAAGCUUUUGUGGGAGUUUCCAUUUUUGUAAACUUUUCGCAGACGCCCCCUUUACUCCGCCUGAAAAGCUGUUCUCCAGUUUCCUCUUUGGUCACAGGGCUCGCUGAAACAAAAGCCAUGCCGCUUCCUCCGGCUGCCGCCCGCCUCUUUCCUCAGCACUUUGAGCCUCGCCUCUUUUCCUUUUGAGAUUUUUUUGUUUUUCUCCAUCUCUUUUGCAUCCCGGACGUCACGGCGACCACGCUGCUCCGUUCUCCGAGACAAACGGACGACGGCGAAGGAGCUGACCGCUGCCAAAGGAGCUUUUCUGACGCAUGAAACGUUUAUUUGGGCUUUACUUCCGUGAACCCCCCAUCCUCCCGCGCUCCCAUCCUCAUCCUUCCUGUUUACGCCUUGGAUGUUUUUGGUGUUUUUGAUCUCGGAAUGACAAUCAAUUUUACACACUUGGUGUUUUUUUGUUAAAGUGAACAUAUAUAUAUAUAUAAACACACAAACAUUUGUUACUCUGUCUUUUGUGUAGUUCUAUCUGGUUCUUGUUCAUUAGUGAAUAUUCCUGUUGGUGAUUUUAUUAAUAUUAUUAUAUCCUGGUUUUGGCUGCAAUUUUAUUUUAUUUUAUUUUUUUUAUUUAAAAACAGAGUUGAUGCUAGUUGCUGCCUGUUUAUAACUGUGAGAGUUAAUAUUAUUAUUGUUGUUAAUAAUAUUUUUGGAGGCCAGAAAUGAAGAAAAAGGCAGAAUCGUAUGUGCAAUAGAACAAGUCUGACCCCCCGCAUUUGUGAUUGGUCCGGUCCUUCGACAUCCCCCUCCCCGCUGUCAAUCCUGGAAGCCUUUCAGUCCAUCCUGUGAGCGAUGGCGAGGCGUCAUUUGUGUCCGCAACAAUCCAGAGUUCACCUACUGCAAAAACAAACACAAUUUGCUGCAAACCGGCAAAACGUGUUCCCACAAACGUUCAUGUCUGAAGUAAAACGUUCCAAAAUUUGCAGGUGGAUCUGUCAGUUUUAGAGAGAAAACGGUUUGUCCUACCUCACUUAUUUUGCUUCUGCACCCCCCUCAGACUGUUACCUUAUAAAUGGAUAAAACUUUGCUCUCUGAAAUACAUUUAUCGUCUUUUUAACAUAUUUUUUUCUGGAGCUCAAACUCGACGUUUUCUGCUGCUUAUCACACAAAAGGUUCUACUUGUUUGGAUCUUUAUUUCCUGUGCUGUCCUGCUGGUCUUCUUUCACUAAAAUAGAUGGACUGAAAUUCGUCUUGGAUUUUCAAAAAGCACCUGUGCCAAAAACUAAGAAAUUCAACAUUUUCUGAGCGGAUAUCGUUCGGUUGGAGCACUGAAACUUUCCUUUUUUUUUUUUUCCUCCAAGAUUCGUUAAUCAAAACAUAUCUCUACGUUAAGCCCUUAAGCCUGGAGCCGGUGUCUGUUGCCGUGGCAACAGAUGGGUUAAAGGGUUGUUUUCUUAUAAAGGACAAAACAUAGUGGGGGUCGGGGAGUAAAGGCUCCGUGAGUUUACCCUGGGUCUAUGCAGAGUCUGUUGCGUGUGAGCGAGCGAGCGACUGAGUUCUCUUCUUACUUAGAGGUGUGUAUGAGUGCCGUAAAAUUUGCUAGUUAAUAGAUAAAAAAAUUGCAGACUGUUCACAUGUUUGAUAUGUUAUUUAUAUUUCCUGAUUCUUUAUCUUGAGGCUCUUUUUUUAAGGGGUUCACACAAAAAAAUAAAGGUUUCUUUGACGGAUAGAAACCACAAAAGAUUGGCUAUAGACUUUCUUCAUUUCAUCCAGUUGGUUAAGGGAAACUAAAGGGGACAAAAAGGUUUAUUUAGCUAAAAAUGAGACGUGUAUAUGAAAGCAAUUCUAUGUUUGCAUAAUUUCUAUGCUAUUUUCCUAUAGGGUUUACACUAACGAUGAAAAACAGAAAGGAAUUUCAAGUGCUUUUUAUUACGUAUUUGUUUUGAUUUGAUUUUUACGCCUGUGUUUUUUAGUAAUGAUUUUAUGAAGCACUGUAUAUUAAAGGAUUUAAACAUCCA